UCAGAAAGGGUCGAAGAGUCAAGAAAGGACGAAAAGCAAGACGGGGCAGGAAAGGGCGAAAAGCAAGGAAAGGCCGAAAAGCAAGACGAGGCAGAAAAGGAAAAGCAAGUCGAGGCAGGAAGGGAAGACAAGGGCGAAAAGCAAGACGAGGCAGGAAAGCUAGACGAGGUAGAAAACCAAGACGAGGCAAGAAAAGUCGAAAAGCAAGUCGAGGCAGGAAAGAAGCAAGAAAAGGAAAGAAAGGUCGAAGAGGCAGGAAAGGAAGAAAAGCAAGGAAAGGAAGAAAAGCAAACAAAGGAAGAAAAGCGAGGAAAGGAAGAAAAACAAGACGAGGAAGGAAAGGACGAAAAGCAAGACGAGGCAGGAAAGGAAGAAAAACAAGACGAGGAAGGAAAGGACGAAAAUCAAGACGAGGCAGGAAAGGGCGAAGGGAAGGUCGAAGAGGUAGGAAAGGAAGAAAAGCAAGAAAAGGAAGAAAAGCAAGGAAAGGAAGAAAAACAAGGCGAGGAAGGAAAGGACGAAAAGCAAGACGAGGCAGGAAAGGAAGAAAAGCAAGACGAGGCAGGAAAGGUAGAAAAACAAGACGAGGCAAGAAAGGUAGAAGAGGUCGAAAAGCAAGACGAGGCAGGAAAGGUAGAAAAACAAGACGAGGAAGGAAAGGACGAAAAGCAAGACGAGGCAGGAAAGGUAGAAAAGCAAGACGAGGCAGGAAAGGUAGAAAAGCAAGACGAGGCAGGAAAGGUAGAAAAACAAGACAAGGCAAGAAAGGUAGAAGAGGUCGAAAAGCAAGACGAGGCAGGAAAGGUAGAAAAACAAGACGAGGAAGGAAAGGACGAAAAGCAAGACGAGGCAGGAAAGGUAGAAAAGCAAGACGAGGCAGGAAAGGUAGAAAAACAAGACGAGGCAAGAAAGGUAGAAGAGGUCGAAAAGCAAGACGAGGCAGGAAAGGUAGAAAAAUAA